ACUUUUAUUUAUAUAAGCGAAUACAUUGAAAAAUAAAGCACCAUAGAAUUAUCGAUCCUCUCUGAUCUCGUCCGAUAUCUCAUUCCAAUAUGCAUAUAGUGUCCUAAUUUAACAAGGUAACAGACUUAUUAGGACAUUAUCUAUCUUCAUUAUUGAUAAUGGUAGCUUCAUCAGUAAGCAGUGCCGCAGUGAGUUGCACGUUGGAAGAGAUGUUGGAAUCUAAAGAGAAAGAAAUGUACCAGCAGCAGUGGGUGCAAAAUGCACCACACCCGCCUUGUUUUUUUCGAGAGGUAUUCGAAAACGUUAGGGACACAAUUUUGCCGCCUAGUAACAGCAAGAAUGUGUGGUCAACUCUCGUUGUCAACGACAACCAACAACCUUUGUACAAAAGAGCGUUGGUGUUGUUGACGGAGAUUUUUCCCAUCCUUGCUUCUCUAAGAGGAUACAAUGCUCACAAGUUCAAAUUCGAUCUCAUGGCGGGUAUAACCGUUGCAAGUCUCGCCAUUCCUCAGUGUGUAGGAUUCGCUACUUUGGCUCAGCUAAGUCCCGAAUAUGGUUUAUGUAAGUUGCAUAUAACUAGUUAUAGAAUUUUCUAUAAAUGUUUUUCAUUUGGAAUCAUCAGGUUUGGAUUUCUGGUGGAUUAUCUUUCCCAUGCAACAAUAGUGGGGUUCUUGGCAGCAGCUGCCGUAGGCAUUGGAGCAUAUCAGUUUAUAGUGUUGUUAGGAAUCAAUAAAUUCACUAACAAAUCUGACUUGAUUUCUGUGAUCAAAAUAUUUUGGACAUCUUUAUUCAAGGAUCGAUCACAGUGGCAUCCUUACAGCUUUACUCUUGGAUUCUCAUUUCUUUGUUUCAUCCUAUUUGCCAGAUUCAUGGGGAGAAGGAACAAGAAACUGUUCUGGUUGCCAACAAUUGCUCCUCUGCUUUCAGUUAUUGUAUCUUCUAUUGUUGCAUAUACAGUGAAUUCUCAUCAAAUAAAUGUGAAGGACUACAAAGUUGAUGUGUUAGGAGAAAUCAAAGGAGGUAGCUUGAACCCAAUCUCAUUAUUGCAUCUCAACCUUAGUGACAAUUUUUUGGCUCCAUUGAUCAAAACAGGGUUAACCGUUGCUGUUAUUUCACUCACGGAAACUAUUGCCGUUGGUAGGUCAUUUGCAUCCAUAAGAGGAUACAAUCUUGAUCCCAAUAAAGAAAUGAUAUCCCUGGGUUUAACCAACAUUGUUGGAUCUUUCACGUCUUGUUACGUUGCAUCUGGUUCACUUUCACGCACUGCUCUAAAUUAUAGUUCAGGGGCUGAAACAACGGUGUCAAGCAUAGUGAUGGCAUUGACGGUUCUAAUAUCACUGAAAUUCUUGACGAGGCUAUUGUAUUACACUCCAAAAGCAAUCUUAGCAGCAAUAAUUAUAUCGAUAGUGCCUGGUCUUAUUGACAUUCAAAAAGCAUAUCAGAUUUGGAAGGUUGAUAAACUAGACUUUCUUGCUUGCGCUGCAGCCUUUUUUGGGGUCCUCUUUGCCUCUGUAGAGAUGGGCCUUGCAAUUGCGGUGACAAUAUCAUUUGCAAAGUUAAUUCUGGUGUCAAUUCAACCUGGAAUAACGGUUCUUGGAAGGCUUCCUGGAACAGAUGGAUUUGGUGACAUUGAGCAAUAUCCAAUGGGCCUCUCCAUUCCUGGCCUUCUUAUUCUUUCUCCAAAAUCCUCCUUCCUUUCUUUUGCAAAUGCAACUCUUGUCAGAGAAAGGAUUGAGAGAUGGGUGAAUGAUGGACACGUUGAGGAGGGCGAGGGAGGAAGCAAUUUAAAAUUCAUCAUUCUUGAUUCCUCAGGUCUUACGAAUAUUGACACAGCGGGAAUUGCUUCUUUGGAGGAACUGAACAAGAAUUUGACUUCACAUGGAGUAAAGUUGGUGAUAGCUAACCCAAGGUGGCAAGUAAUCCACAAGCUAAGAGUAGGUGACUUUGUGAGCAAAAUUGGAGGAAGAGUUUUCGUUUCUGUGGGUGAAGCUGUAGAUGCAUGUCUUGGUCUUGGUGCUGCCAAAAUGGCUAAUACUGUAUAACCCAACCACUAUAUAUCAAUAUCAUCAUCAUCAUCUUCUAGCUACCUACCUUUUUUUGCCCUUUCUUUUCAAUUUUCAUCAUCAAUGGAUAAUGAGCCAGGUGUUCCAAGAAUCAUGACAAGACAAUUUCUUUUUCUAGGGGGGAAAAUAGAAGAAAAACGUGGAAAUUAUUUCAAAGAAAAUGUUUAAUGAAUUAUAUUUUUGGUGGUAAUUAAUUGUCAAGA